AUGUCAUUGGCAGAAUUCGACGAGAUAGACUUCACCCACUCUGCUCCAAGAUUGGACAGACCUUCAGAGUAUCUUAUGAAAAAAGCUAGAAGAAGACCUAAUGGAUUACAAGAUAUAAGAGAAUCAUACAAGUCAGCAACAAUCUAUGUUGGUAAUUUAUCUUUCUACACAACAGAGGAACAAAUCUAUGAAUUGUUUUCAAAGGUUGGUCCAAUUUCUCAGAUUAUUAUGGGAUUAGAUAGAUUCAACUAUACACCAUGUGGAUUUUGUUUUGUUUUAUAUAAAAACCCUCAAGAUGCUAUCAAUGCUGUUAAAUAUCUUGCAGAUACAAAGUUAGAAGAUCGUUUGGUACAAAUUGAUUUAGAUCCUGGUUUUAGAGAAGGUAGACAGUUUGGUAGAGGUGCAAGCGGUGGUCAAGUUAAAGAUGAAUAUAAAUUCGAAUAUGAUAGUUCAAGAGGUGGGUUUGGUGUUAAUGGAACAGGAUUACCACCUGUAAGUAUUAUUCCAGGCGGUAAUGAAGUUCAAAGAUUUGGGGCAAGAAGAAAUAAUUUUAAUGAAAAAGAUCAAAAUUUAGGUGAUUCUUAUGUUCCUGGUGAAGAGAAUAAUGAACAAGAUGUUGAAAUAAAUGAUGAACAUCAUCAAGAACAAGAACAAGAACAAACAGCUAAUUAA